AUGUCCGGAGAAGCCCCACGUGUGGAACUCAGCAGCACAGAUCUCGAUUUCGACCUUACCGCACCCGUCAACCAGAAGCUGUCCCAGAUGAACUCUGACGCUGCCCCGCUGCCCAACGGCAACGCAGACCACAGCCUGCCCAACGGCGCGGUCCAGACAAACGGCUCUCUCCUAGAUUCUGCCUCAAACGCCAUCAACGCCGCAAACAACCACUCCAGCGUGCAGAACAUUAAAAACACCGUCAUGAACGGACCCGUUGCACAGAACGUCAAGGCAGAGGGCGCAAAGACCCGCGAUGAGUUCGCAGAUCUUGCAAACUCAAAGACCAUUCCCGACGAGAAGACGGCGACUGGUCAGAACCUAACUCACUACCACAGCAUGUUCUACCGCCUCCUGAGCUGGAAGAACCCCCGCGCCACCGCCAUCGCCUUUGCCAGUACCGUCGUCUUCAUCUUCGCCUCACGCUACCUGAACCUGAUCCGCUACAUGUUCAAGACUUCGUACAUGGUUCUUGGUGCUACUGCUACUGCCGAGAUCGCGGGGCAGCUGACCAUUGGACGUGGCCUCACCUCCCAGUUUAGGCCACGACAGUACUUCACCAUUCCAAAGGCCUCGCUCGAGCGCAUGACGGAUGAUUUCGAGCAGUUCAUCAACUUCUUCGUCAUCGAGUCUCAGCGUAUUGUCUUCGCCGAGAACGUCUACGUCACUAUUGGCGCCUUCUUCGCAUUCCUCAUCUCGUACUUCCUGAUCAAGUGGGUUCCUCUCUGGGGCUUGGCUCUGAUCGCGACGCACAUUACCUACCUCGGUCCCCUCAUCUACAUCAAGAACAAGGACGUCAUUGAUGCUCAGUUGGAGAAGGGCUACACCAUUGCCAACCAGCAGGCUCAGCAAGUCAAGGGUCUCGCCAACCAGCAUGCUGAAAACGCCAUGAAGACUGUCCAGGGCUACACACAACAGGCUACUGCUAAGGCUCAAGAGCGGGUCAACCAGUACCGUGGACGUUCCACUUCGCCAGAGGUCAAGAAGCAGCCCUUGCCCAGCGUCCCCAAGCACGAGCCCAUUGCCGAGUCAUCUUCUGAAGAGGAGGAUGAUGAGCCAGUUGCACAGGCUGCCAAGUAA